CUCGAAAAGACAAGUUUCCGUUUUAUAUUUUCAAAACUAUUGUUGCUUUUACCCUUUGAUUUUUCUAAACCCUACUUCAUUUCACGCCGGCCACCCCCUCCACCCCCUCUCUCCCUCCAUCUCACUGUCACCCACUGCACGCCCGACGUGAUCUCACCGUCUACCGUCGCACGCUUCACUCUCAGCUUCCGUCAUCUCAAUCUCCUGACGAAGUCCCCGUCGCUUCCUCCCUCCACACUCGCUCGCCCCUAGACCAAUCGGAGUUGGUUAUUUCUGUUUUUCUUUUCUAGAAAGUGGUUCAGUCCCUCACGCCCACUGCCGGUCAUUUUUCAGAUCCCCGAGCAUGUGUAGGAGUUGUAUAUAGAUCAAAGGCCAUAAGGAUCACCACCAUGGCGAACAGACGGUGUUUACAAGUACUAACUCGUCAUGCCUCAGCCAUUUUUUCCACCAAGCCAUAUAUCCACCCGCUGAAAACUGCACCUUCCUUCCUUUCCCAAAAUUUCCGUACACAUGCUUCUCUAUCAAACUGCCUUUCUGCUAAAACUGAUCCUUCUUUGUGUACCUACUGGCCACAUACACGUUAUCUCUCAUCUGAUAGUCGGAAUGGCAGUGAAGAUGAUUUUACUGAAGAUGAAGAUGAAGAUGAAGAUGAUGAAGCAUAUGAUAGUGAGGAUGAUGGUAUUUCCACGUCGAGUAGGGUUAUGAAAAAGGAGUAUACAAAGGAGGAGAUGGAGGCUGAAGCAGCUGCUAUUGGAUAUAAAGUAUUAGGGCCACUUGAUCAAUCUGAAGGGGUUUUCAAGCCUUACGAGCCUGCUUUUGCUGUUGUUCAGAUUGGCUCUCACCAAUUCAAGGUUAGCAAUGGAGACAGUAUUUUUACUGAGAGAUUAAAAUUCUGUGAUGUGAAUGACAAGUUGAUAUUGAAUAAGGUUCUCUUGGUUGGCUCAAGUAGCCAAACGAUUGUAGGUAGGCCAACAGUACCAAGUGCAGUUGUUCAAGCAGUUGUUGAGGAACAUGCAUUAGAUGCAAAAGUAAUCAUCUUCAAGAAAAAAAGGAGGAAGAAUUACCGCAGAACCAAAGGACAUCGCCAGGAAUUAACAAAGUUGAGGAUCGUCGAUAUUCAAGGUGUCGAAAAACCAGAAAACAUUGGAAAGCCUUCAAAAGUAGCGGAUAAGAAGCAAGAACAAGUUGCAGUAGCUGCUUAAGUAGAAGGUUCCAUGAUUCUUACUAGCUAGAAGUGCUAAGUUGGAUCUCCUAAUUCCUUAGAAGCGAAUCCUUUACUCCCAACUAGGCUAAGGCCACUUUGCUAGGAUUCUCAUUUCUCUUCUUUAUUUUCCUGGCAGUUUUCCCCAAAAAUGCGAUGCUUCUAUUUGAAUAAAUGGAAUUUUCUCAUAAGAAUUAUGAUCAUACAUUUGAGAAGAGUUUGGAAUUGUACGGACUAGGAUUUGUGCCAUAUAUCAUAUAUGUAUGGUAGAUAUUGAGUUUCUUGAUUUGUUGGGAGGUUACAGGAUCAUACAUUAUAUAUUUUCUUUUAUUUUUUAUAUCUGCACAUGGAUCUCAAAAUUUAAUCAGUUUGUAGCUUUUCUGUUUU